AUGGGCAUUGUCCUGGUGAUUUUCGGAUGCCCAUUGUCAGGUACUCGCUACUUCCUAUCCGUGACCAAGAAGGAAUAUAAUACUAGUGUUAUCCAUCGUCAGCUAUCCUUUUCCACCAAGAGACACCCGAUAAGCCUGUGCCUUCUCAUCGGAGGCUUAGCCUACACCAUUAUCUGGAGUAUCUACACCCUCUUCCUCUCGCCACUACGUAAAGUUUCCGGCCCAUGGUACGCCAGCCUCACGCGGCACUGGCUAACGCCGUACUCGGCGGUAGGCCAGCAGCAGACGGCGCUCGACAUGCUGCACCGUCGGUACGGCCCGAUCGUGCGCAUAGCGCCGACAACCGUCAGCUUCGCGCACGCCAGCGCAACCCCGGCGAUCUAUUCGCGCGCCAGCGGCCUCCCCAAGGACCCCGUCGUCUACGACCAGCUAAACGUCCUGCACCGGCGGCACUUGUUCGUGAUCCACGAUCCAGCCGCGGCCAAGGCGCGGCGGCGUCUGCUGGUUGGCGGGUUUGGUCCCGCGAGGCUGCGGGAGUUUGAUGGUGUUGUGGCGGAGAUGGUGGAGAGCGCGGUGGAGAGGAUUAGCGAACAGGCAGGGAAAGAGGGGAGCGCGGAUCUGCUGAAGUGGUUGUAUUUCAUGGCGGUCGAUGUCGUCUCCGCGUUUGGGUUUGGCGGCGCGAUUGGGAUGCUGGAGGGGGGCGAGGUGGGUGCGAUUUCCAGAGAGACGCCCAUUAUUAAGGACUACAAGGCGAUGACUCAGUACAUCGGUCUCCGCCUUGCCUUCCCCUGGCUGCUCUGGCUAGGAAGCCGCCUCCCAUUCGGCCCCGCGCAGCGGAUCCAGGCCACAUUCGACCGCGUGGAGGACUACGGCGCGGAGAAACUGCGGGAAUUCAGCGGAGAAGAGGGCCGGCUGAAGAAGAACACGAUGCUCGCGCGGAUCGUCGAGGAGCAGAAAAAGUCAAAGUCCGAUUCGAGGUAUCAUCUGGACAGGAAGGAUGUGGAGGCGGAGGCGGCGGCGAUGUUAUUUGGCGGCACCGACUCGGUGUCCAAUACGCUCGCAUACACGAUUUAUGCCAUACUCUCGCACCCAGAGGCCCACGCCAAGCUCCUGGAGGCCCUCGAGCCGCUGAAGGCCCAAGACACCAGCACGCUCCGCGACGAUGAUUUCAAGGAAAUCCCGUACCUCCAGCAUGUGCUCGACGAGUCGCUGCGCCUCUACGGAGCAGUCCAGGUUUUUCUCCACCGCACCGUUCCCGCGGGGGGCAGAAAGCUCGGCGGCGUGUUUCUACCGGAAGGAACCACGGUGGGCACGCAGGCGUGGAGCGUCCACAGAAACGACGAGUUCUUCCCCGAGGCGGAAAAGUUUAUCCCCGAGCGCUGGGAGCAGCCGACGGAACUCAUGAAGAAGAUGUUUAUGCCUUGGGGAGGCGGGUCGAGAAUCUGUAUUGGUCGGGGUUUGGCAAUGAUGGAGCUCCGGAGAACUACGGCGGUUUUCUUCCUCAAGCUGGGGAAUAGAGUCAAACUUGCACCCGGAACGAAUGCGGAGUCCAUGGAGGCCGAGGCGUAUUUUGUGAUGCGGCCGAAGGGAGGGAAGGUCGAGGUGGUCAUCACGGAGUAAUGGGCUGGAGUCAGUCAGGGUGAAUAUUGUGCUUUUGGAGUUGUG